UCACCCCGCAUCAUGCCAUUGACUCUGCAAAACUGCGGGGCGUCAUCUAUCAUCACCAUGAGCAAUGUGCGAAAUUUCCGUGCUAUCAUCCUACGAGAAGUCGAUCCAGAAGCCACAUCAUGGGACUAUCUCAUCGACAAUCUUCCUCAGGCUAAGCGAAUUUGAGCUGCGCUUUGAGAGGGCACCCUCCAACCGUGUUACGCGCAGGGAGCCACUGGACAAGCUGCUCCUGAUCUCCUUCGCGGACUUUUUUCUGCGAUGGCCAGCGAAAUCUCCAGAUGAUCUGCCACGCGUAGCUACCGGCAGAGAGAACGGCGACUACAUCACGAGGCUGCUUACUACUGGCGUUGUGCUGAACAGGGUCCAUUACCAUUUCUUUGGCCACUCAAAUAGUCAAUUGAAGUCGAGGUCAUGUUUCAUGUACGCCGCAUCGAAGGAAGACAUAUCAGCCAAGAUUGAAGCUAUGGGGGACUUCUCCAAACUCAAAUCCGUAGGCAAGAAAGCAAAACGGAUUGGGCUUCUCUUCUCGAGCGCGGAUAAUGCUCUGAUUCUGCCAGCAGAACGCUGCGAGGAUAUCCAAGAUGUCAACCGGGAUGAUUACACCUUCACUGACGGAUGUGGUCUGGUAUCUCUCCAGCUUGCUCGACAGUUGGCCCAAAGACGCAACAUAAUAUUUCGCAAUAAGCGUUAUCUACCUUCGGUAUUCCAAAUCCGAUAUCGCGGAUACAAGGGCGUAUUGACCCUAGAUACCACCCUUCAUGGUAAAAUUCAGGUUCAGUUCCGAGAAUCCAUGAGAAAGUUCAAAGACGCGUCCGACCUUAGCCUCGCGGUUGUAGACUACUCCAGGGUUAGUCCGCUUCCAUUCUUUCACUCCGCCUGGUUAACUUGAUUUAGCCGUACGCUCUUGGUAGCCUCAACGAUGAGGUGGUCGUGCUCUUACACACGCUAGGUAUCUCUACAGACGUGCUUCUUGAGAAACAGCAGCAGCACCUGAGUUUCCUGAGCGACGUUAGCAGAGCCGAGAAGCUUCUCUUGGAAGGUAUUGAAUCCGUCAGCUCACAGUUGAGAGCGUUAGUUCGGCAAG